CACUUCUAAUCAGGGUCUGUCACCAGUCUUUGAUGAGCAGGUACAACGUCCAAGGUUUCCCCACAAUUUUGGUAUUUGGUGCUGACAAGGAAAGCCCUGUCCCAUAUGAAGGUGCAAGAACAGCGGCAGCCAUUGAGUCGUUUGGAUUAGAGCAGCUGGAAACUAAUGUUGCACCUCCUGAAGUGAUUGAGUUGACUAGCCCAGAUGUCAUGGAAGAGAAAUGUAAUUCUGCUGCAAUCUGCUUUGUUUCAUUCCUGCCGGAUAUAUUAGAUUCCAAGGCAGAAGGAAGGAACAAAUACCUAGAAAUGUUGUUAUCUGUUGCGGAGAAGUUCAAGAGAAAUCCCUACAGUUACGUUUGGGUGGCUGCUGGUAAGCAACCAGACCUUGAAAAGCACGUCGGCGUUGGUGGUUAUGGAUAUCCAGCUAUGGUAGCUUUGAAUGUGAAAAAAGGAGUAUAUGCACCUCUUAAGAGUGCAUUCCAGCGCCAGCCGAUAAUAGAUUUUGUGAAAGAAGCUGGACUAGGUGGAAAAGGUAAUCUUCCGUUAGCUGCUACACCUUCAAUUGUAAAGACUGAAGCAUGGGAUGGAAAAGAUGGGGAAAUCAUCGAAGAAGACGAGUUCUCCCUUGAAGAACUUAUGGGCGACGACACACCAAACAAGGAUGAGUUAUAAUUCUUCUUCACUCUCAUAGAGUAUUAUGUUAAGCUAGUUAGAAACAGUUUUGACGUAACAAAAGCCGUGUAUUACUAUGUUAUAGUGAAUUCAUCAUCAGAUUGGCCUCCCCAGUUCAAAAGAUUUUAUUUUUCCUUCCUUUGUUUCCUGGAAGUUUACAUGGAUUGUUACUGUUGGGGAUAUAUCAGAAGUCACUUUUCCUGUUGUUGUUUGCUUGUUUUCUUCUAUAUUACGCAAGUCAGUGCUGUAACAGGUUUAGAACAUCUAAUAUUUAUUGCAGACUAUA